GGUCGGCGAUUUCCAGUAAAUUAAAAUAAAAAGGAGGGAUUUUUCUUCUUUCCCUUCUCCAUUUCGCUCUCUUUUCUCCCAUCUUUGAGGUUUGCGUUUGUAGAGAGAGAAAGAGGAGAGGGAGAGAGAGGGAGAUUUGGAUUUGGAUUUGGGAUUUGGAAUUUGAAUUGAAUUGAAUUUGGUGGUAGUACUUUUCUCUCUGUCUCAACUGUCGCCCGCGUGUUCAACUCGCGUGGUGGCCCAGCACUACUCGACAGACGGAAGCCAAACACAAAGGAGAGAGAGAACUAGAAAGAGAAAGCAAAGCAGGAAUCAAAAUUUCAAAAGCCUUUCCCUUUUCUUAUUCCUCUUCCGUUUCGCGAUUCAUCAAAAUUUGUACGCGUUGGAUGCUCUCUCUCGGAUCUCCAGGUCGCAAUCCGUGAUCCCCUUCAGAACCCACCUAUAAAACGACCCCGUGUUGCUUCCCUUCGUCUUCCUCCUGGCAUUCGAUUCGAUUCUGGAGGUGCCCAGCAAUCAAUCAUGGAGGUGUUGAACUUGUGAAAUAAUAUGGAAGUUGUGGUUGCGUCAAUAAGAACAACAAGAACAAUAACAACAACGAGUGGAAGAAGAUGACGCUUUACAUUGGCCGCGAGUCGUCAAAGCUCUGGAAGAGAAUCUGCGCUGAGGUAGUCACCGAGAUCAAUCUCCUCGCCACGAAUUGGAAGUAUCUUCUCGCCGGUCUAGUUUUUCAGUACAUACAUGGUCUAGCUGCUCGAGGAGUUCAUUAUAUACAUCGGCCCGGGCCAACGCUCCAGGAUGCUGGUUUCUUUCUUCUUCCAGAACUUGGGCAAGACAGAGCCUACAUCAGUGAGACCCUUUUCACCUUCAUCUUCUUAUCUUUUGUAUUGUGGACCUUCCAUCCUUUCAUUUUCAAGGGCAAAAAGAUUUACACAGUUCUCCUCUGGUGUAGGGUUCUAGCAUUCUUAUCGGCUUGUCAAUUUCUGCGGAUUAUCACAUUCUAUUCCACCCAGCUUCCUGGUCCAAAUUACCAUUGUCGAGAGGGUUCUAAACUUGCCAGGCUGCCUCCUCCGGAAAGUGUAUUAGAAGUCUUCUUGAUCAUUCCGCAUGGUGUACUUUAUGGUUGUGGUGAUUUGAUUUUCUCAUCGCAUAUGAUAUUUAGUCUAGUCUUUGUGCGCACUUAUCAGAAAUACGGUACACAAAGGUUUAUAAAGCAGUUAGCUUGGUUACUCGUUGUGAUCCAGAGUUUCUUGAUUGUGGCAUCGCGCAAACAUUACACGGUUGAUGUUGUUGUUGCAUGGUAUACUGUUAAUUUGGUCGUAUUCUUUAUCGACAAGAAAUUGGCAGAAUUACCUGACCGGACCAACGGAGCUGCAUCUCUCUUGUUACCGCUAAGCACAAAGGACAAGGAUGGUAAGACCAAAGAAGAGAACCACAAGCUAUUGAAUGGAAUUGUCGGAGACCCUGCUGAUCGGAGACAAAGAACUCAAGUUAACGGCAAGACUCUAGAUGAUGUAAACACAGUACAUGCCGAUGCUACAACGAACGCUGCAUAGAACUGAAGGAUUAUGUCGUUGCAACAAGGUGACUUGAUGUGAUUUGUUUAAUAGGGGCCCUGGGUUUGAAAGGUUGUGUAUCGUGUGUGUACGGGUUCUGUGCUGGAAACACGACGUGAUUUGUAUUCUAAUGGAAAAGGGAUUGGGGUUAGUUUUCGUGUUUUCCAGUCCUGCUUUUGUUCUAGUUCAGAUCAUCAUAUAACACCAGCAUCUUCAGCAUGCACAAUAGAUAUUACAUGAUUUUCCCUUCAA